CUUGGUGCUCUCUGAGCUUGCUUGUUUUCUUGGAGACGUUUCAUUACCGAACUAGGUAACAUCAUCAGUGCUGGUAAGGAAUGCAGUUUGCUAUCAGUUUAUAUUCUAAUGGCUUCUUGCCCUCUCAGUGUUGGUGGAGGUGGUCUUAGAGAUUCUUUGGUUGGGCUAUUUGCUUCUUUUGGCAGUUUCUCGAUUGGGGUAUUCUUUGCUUGAUUGUUGGCCUGAUAUUAGCCUUGGAGUUAACCUAUGCUGAUCUGAGUGCUGACUGCUGGUGGAGAGGUGCUUGGGUCUUUUUGUUCUCUUUUGGGCUGGGGGAAGGUAUAGUGUCUCCUCCUUGAGCAGGGGGGUUGGACUAGAAGACCUCCGAGGUUCCUUCCAGCAAUGAUGAUAAUGAUGAUGAUGAUUAAACAAAGUGAAGACGGUCAAAGAAACCCAUUUCCCAUUUUCUGGAGAAGCCACUGACUGAUCUCUUGUGUUUCUUCCUCCCCCACCAGACUAGAAGAUCUCCCCCCCCCCAAGGUCCCUUCCAGCUAUGAUGAUGAUGCUCCAACACUGGAAGUUUUUAAGAAGAGACUGGACAGCCAUUUGUCCGAAAUGGUGUAGGGUUUCCUGCCCGAGCAGGGGGUUGGACUAGAUGAUCUCCAAGGUCCCUUCCAACUUUACUACUAUUAUUAUUAUUUAUGAUGAUGAUGAAAGCAACAAACCUUUUGUGGUUUUAGUGGGAUUUCAAUCCUUUCCGCAUAAUUAUUCGCCUGACUGUCCUUGCAGGUUUGACCUUGUGGUUGGAGGGGGAGGGAACUUAUUGAAAACCUUUUGAGAAUUGAGGUGAAGUUCCACCUUUACAAAUACAUAAAAAUGGGGGCUCUUCAUGGUUGUUGCUCCCCUCCCAUUUCCACUCCACUUAAUGUGGGUCUGCAAGAAUGUUUUUUGCCUCUUUUGAAUCGGCUGCCUUCUUUCUUUAUGGAUGGACAGUUGAACAGAAAGCCAGCUGCGCAGAGGAUGGAAAAAGCUCAACAAUUAGGCAAAGGGAGAUGGCAGGUAGAGAGAGCAGUUUGGGCAAGUCCUGAACAGACAACGAAGGAUUAGUUGUGCUGUUGAACAUGAAUGCAGUUUACUUCCUAGAAAAAACUAUGGGUUUUAGGUCUCCCGUUUCUACCUUUGGCUUGAGAUCCAAGCCUUGAAUCUGAGGAUGAAAGUCUGCUUGUUGCUUUGUCAGUCUGCGGCUGUCUCUCUGCCUUAACACUACAGCCCUGUUGCAUUGCACUGUGUGAAGGCCAAAUUGGGAAGAAAUAAUAUUCCUUUAGACUUGCUAGUGGUUCUCCUAGGCCAGGGCAUAAAAAAAAAAAGACAGAAAUGAAGGAACAAGACUCGGCCGUUUCUGAAGAAAAAGAAGGCCGUGAUACCACGCUGCCCGAAGGCAGUGAAGAAUCUUGGAAAAGAACAGUGCAGGAGACUUUGGAGAAAGACACGUUCAGCGCAGAGGCUCAUCGCCAGCGUUUCAGGGGCUUCAGCUACCAGGAGGCGGAAGGUCCUCGAGAAGUUUGCAGCCGUCUCCACUGUCUUUCCUGUCAGUGGCUGCAGCCGGAACGACAUACCAAGAGCCAGAUGCUGGACUUGGCGAUCCUGGAGCAACUUCUGGCCAUCCUAUCCGUGGAGAUGUCCAGCUGGGCAGAAAUGCAGAGCAGAGAACAGCUCCCAAGUAUUGGCCCUGGCCGAAGGCUUCCUCCUGGAUCAGAUGGAGCAGAAGAAGGUGGAGGAGCAGCAGCAGCAGCAGAUAAACCAGUUCUUUAUAAAAAUGGAAUAUGGUUUCCCUGCAACAGAGGAGGUUCCGCUGGACACCAUCAUAGGGAAUCCUUUGCAAACAGGGACCCUGCAAGAAGAUCCAAGAGGAAUCACGCAGCCAGAUUCAGUUUAUGUCAAGAAAGUCUUCCGAGGACUUCCAAGGAGUCUUUCACUUAAAAAGCAAGCUUGCAAGAUUCGGAGCGAAUCCUUGGGUGUUGCUGUCCUCUGCUUAUUUCUUGGAUUCUGAACCCAAUCGCUUUCUCUCUUCUGCGUCUGUCAACAUUGGCAGCCUAGGAAAUGUCAUGCUGGAUCAGAUCGAAGACCUGGGCCAGUGGUGGCGAACCUAUGACAUGCGUGCCAGAGGGGGCAAUCGGAGCCCUCUCUGUGGACAUGUGCACCUCACUCUUUGGCUAGGUUUUCACAGGAAAAACCCAUUUCUCAAGCCCCUUCCUAGCCAAAAGAAGCCUCCGGAGUGAGCGCACUAUUUUCAGCUUUGAAUUAUACCAAAUCUGACAUCAGAAACAGACUAACAGAUGACUGAAUGCUGCCCGUGUUGCUCUCAAACUUACAAAGUAUAAGCCAAGGAUCUGGCCACUGUGGAAGAGCUGGCUGUGUAUUUCACUGAGGAAGAGUGGCUUCUGUUGAAUCCUGACCAGAAAGCUCUCUAUAAGCAAAUCAUGGAAGAGAAUUUUGAAAUCCUGACUUCUCUCAGACGUGACCGAUAUAGAAUAAAAGAACAUCCGAUGAGGACAAAAUCAUAUGUGUUUUUGGAGUGCGGAAAAAGUUUUGGUUAUAAGAUAAAUCUUACCUCUCACCGAAGAAUUCACAUGGGGGAAAAAAACCGUACAAAUGCUUGGAGUGCGAAAAAAGCUUCAGUCAGAGCUCCAGCCUCAUUAAGCACAAGCGAAUUCACACGGGUGAGAAACCGUACAGAUGCCUCGAGUGCGGAAAGAGCUUCAGCCAGAGUUCGAGCCUCACCAAGCAUAGACAAAUCCAUACGGGCGAGAAGCCGCACGAAUGCUUAGAGUGUGGCAGGAGCUUCGGGAAAAAGAUCAAUCUCACGUCCCAUCGGAGAAUUCACACCGGGGAGAAACCCUAUCAGUGCUUGGUGGGAAGACUUUCAGUCACAAAAUAAAUCUCAUUUCUCAUCAGAGAAUUCACACGGGAGAGAAACCCUAUCGGUGUCGGGAGUGCGGGAAGAGUUUUAGCCAGAAUACGGGCCUGACAAAACAUCAGAGGACUCACACGGGCGAGAAACCUUAUAAAUGGGGUUUUGGCCAGAAGACAAAUCUCGCCACUCACCAAAGAAUUCACACAGGGGAGAAGUCGUACGCGUGUUUGAUGGGCGGGAGGAGCUUCAGUUACCGGACUGCUCUGACUUACCACGAAAGGACACACACCGAGGGGAAGCCGUACAAAUGCUUAGAAUGCGAAAAGAGCUUCCCUCAGAAAAUCCUGCUCAUGAAGCAUUAUAGAACUCAUUCGGAAGAGAAAGUUUCCUCCUUUUUGGAACGUGACGACGCAACUACGUAUCUCGCUGCUCACCAACCCAUGUUCCAAAAGCCAAAACUGCACAGGUGUCUUCAGUGUGGGAAGACUUUUAGUCGGAGCACGGGGCUCCGGAAUCACCAGCUCAUUCACGCAGGUGGGAACGAGUGUUCCUGCUUGGUCUGUGGGAAAAACUUUGGUCACAAAAUCAUCCUCAGUUCUCACGAAAGGAUUCACACCGGGGAGAAGCCAUACAAGUGCUCGGAAUGCGGCAAGAGCUUUAAUCAUAAGAAGAACCUCUCUAGGCACCACCGAAUCCACACCGGGGAGAAGCCGUACACGUGCUCGGAAUGUGGGAAAUGUUUCAGUCAGAAAAUAGACCUCACCAAACAUCAAAGAAUUCACACUGGAGAGAAACCCUAUAAAUGCUCGGAGUGCGGGAAGAGUUUCAGCCAGCGUACCAACCUUUUCCAGCAUCAGAGCAUUCACACAGGGGAAAAAUACACCUGCCUAGGAUGUGGGAAAAGUUUCAGUCAUAAGAAAAACCUGACCAGGCAUCAAAAAAAUGCACACAAGGUAGAGAUAUUAUAAAUGACAGGCGAGUUGUCAAUAAACUUUGCUAGGAGGAAAAAUUGCUUAUCAAUCAACUGACAUGUGGGAAAACCAGAUAAAUGAUUAGUUUGGAACUCCUUCAAAUUAAAUUUUGAUUCUCAGGCAAAAAUUCAGAGGAAGCAGGCGAUCAUGGGAAGAAUCACACCUUUUACUCAAAUUCCCCCAGCAAUGCGUAGUCUCUCAUUCUAGCGAUGAUUUUUAUUACAUUUUGGUCUUGUUAAUUUUCAUUGUCUUGUUCAUUCAUUUGACCGCAUUUUUUGCAAAUUGCCCUUCAUGUAAGGGUAAAUAACAUCUUUGGAUAGCAGAUUCUAUAUUUUCAAUAUAGAUUAAGAAUACCCUGUUGUUAUCUUAGACCAGUGGUGGCGAACUUGUGGCACGGGUGCCAGAGGCGACACUCGGAGCCCUCUCUGUGGGCACACGUGCCAUUGCCCCAGCCUCGCGACC